GGGUAAAAAAUCUGUUGAUACUUCAAAACUUGCACGAUAUUAAACCAACAUGGAAGGAGAAGCUCAGUCAGCAGAGAGAGGAUUCGGUACUGCGCUCUGUAUUAUAACCGGAGCAUCGAAAGGAUUCGGUCGGAGUUUGGCUAGAGAAAUCGCACAUCUCGUCAAACCAGGUUCUGUUCUGCUCCUGGUUGCCAGAUCAAGUGAGAAGUUGCUGGAACUAAAGGAGGAACUAACGUCGUCUGAAGCGGGUAAUGUGGGACUCACAGUCCGCUGUGUGUCAGCAGAUCUGGGGCAGAAAGCUGAAGUAGAGAGCGUCGUGAAAGCUGCCAGAGAGAUACCAUCUUCUAAUAUCGAUCAUCUCCUACUGUUUAAUAACGCAGCUUCAUUAGGAGAUGUGUCUCGCUAUGCACGAAGCUUCACGGACAUGGAUGAAGUGGACUCCUAUCUGUCGCUGAACGUGAGCUCGGCUCUGUGUCUGACUGCUGGGAUCUUACAGGCUUUUCCAGCCCGUGAUGGUUUACAUCGCCGUGCUGUAAAUAUUAGUUCACUGUGCGUAGUGAAACCUUUUCCCUCCUGGGUGCUGUACUGCUCAGGGAAAGCAGCACGAGACAUGAUGUUCCAGGUGCUGGCUAAAGAAGAACCUGACCUCAGGGUUCUCAACUAUGCUCCAGGACCCUUGGACACGGAUAUGCAUCUCCAUGCCAGGUCCAACACAGCAGACGAGAGCAUGAAAAAAAUCUUUGUUGACAUGCACUCAGAGGGCCGCCUGCUGACCUGCGAAGAGUCCGUGGGCAAACUGAUUAAAGUCCUGCUUGAGGACGGUUAUCAGUCUGGAGCACAUGUUGACUUCUAUGAUGUGUAGAUGAAAUUUGAAUAGACAGCUUAUAUUGUAGUGCUACAACACUAAUAUUAAUUGCUGUACUGGAAUGAUGAUGUUACUGGUAGUGGACAAAGACUACACAUCUUAUUUAGGGUCAGGUUCAGUUAUGGUAGUUUCAUCAUUGAACUAUACUUCAAACUGUGCUGUUUUGAGUAGUUUAGUAGUAGGCAAUUGAAAUUGUGAGGUGUGUAAAGAUACCCACCCCUAACAGCAUCUAGCCUUAAUCAAAUUUAGUAGCAGAUACAUUCCAAACUACUUGAUCUAUUUGAUUGCUGUGCCUUAUGUAUUAUCUAGCUAAAAUGUGUCGUUUUUCAUAUGAGCAUUUGCAAAUGCAACCAACUUGUUCAAUAAAAUUGUUAUAUACAACCCCUGGCAAAAA